AAGACGACAAACUUCGCGGUGCUGUACCCCAAACCCGGGCCCUCAGCCGCCUGCCGGUCUUCUCCCCAUCAGCCGGCAGUAUGGUCCCACUGUUCCUGGUCCUGCUGGUAGCUCUGACGUCAGCCUGGGUCCCUGAGGUCUUAGCUGAUGCCCUGGAAAGGGACAGCUCAGAGGACCGGGCCUUCAGCGUGCGCAUCGCCGGCGCCCCACCGCUGCAGGGCGUGCUGGGCGGUACCCUCACCAUUCCGUGCCACGUUCACUACCUGCUCCCACCGUCGAGCCGUCAGGCGGUGCUGGGCUCCCCACGGGUCAAGUGGACCUUCCUGUCGCGUGGCCGGGAGGCCGAGGUGCUGGUGGCGCGGGGACUGCGGGUCAAGGUGAGCGAGGCCUACCGCUUCCGCGUGGCACUGCCCGCCUACCCGGCGUCACUCACUGAUGUCUCCCUGGCACUGAGCGAGCUGCGGCCCAACGACUCAGGCAUCUACCGCUGCGAAGUGCAGCACGGCAUAGAUGACAGCAGCGAUGCUGUGGAGGUCAAAGUCAAAGGGGUUGUCUUUCUCUACCGGGAAGGCUCUGCCCGCUAUGCGUUCACCUUCACUGGAGCCCAGGAGGCCUGUGCCCGCAUUGGAGCCCGCAUUGCAACCCCGGAGCAGCUCUAUGCAGCCUACCUUGGGGGCUAUGAGCAGUGUGAUGCUGGCUGGCUGUCUGACCAGACUGUGAGGUAUCCCAUCCAGACUCCACGAGAGGCCUGUUAUGGAGACAUGGAUGGUUUCCCCGGUGUCCGGAACUAUGGAGUGGUGGACCCAGAUGACCUCUAUGAUGUCUACUGCUAUGCUGAAGACCUAAAUGGAGAGCUGUUCCUCGGUGCUCCCCCAGACAAACUGACAUUGGAGGAAGCACGGGCAUACUGCCAGGAGCGGGGAGCAAAGAUUGCCACCACGGGCCAGCUGUAUGCAGCAUGGGAUGGUGGCUUGGACCGCUGCAGCCCAGGCUGGCUGGCAGAUGGCAGUGUGCGCUACCCCAUCAUCACACCCAGCCAGCGCUGUGGUGGGGGCCUGCCUGGUGUCAAGACUCUCUUCCUCUUCCCCAACCAGACCGGCUUCCCUAACAAGCACAGCCGCUUCAAUGUCUACUGCUUCAGAGACUCUGCCCAGCCCUCUGCCAUUUCUGAGGACUCCAACCCAACCUCUGACCUGGCCUCUGAUGGACUGGAGGCCAUUGUCACAGUGACAGAGACCCUGGAGGAACUGCAGCUGCCUCAGGAAGUUGUGGAGAGUGAAUCCCGAGGAGCCAUCUACUCCAUUCCCAUCAUGGAGGAUGUAGGAGGUGGAAGCUCCACUCCAGAAGACCCAGCAGAGGCCCCUAGGACACUUCAAGAAUUCGAAACCCAAUCCAUUGCACCUCCCAUGGGGUCCUCAGAAGAGGAAGGCAAAGCAUUGGAGGAAGAAGAGAAAUACAAGGAUGAGAAACAUAAAGAGAAGGAGGAAGAAGAGAAGGAGGUGGAGGAUGAGGCCCUGUGGGCCUGGUCCAGCGAGUUCAGCAGCCCGGACCCAGAGGUCCCUUUCCCCACUGAGCUGGCCCUAGAAGAGUCAUUCUCUCAGGCAUCCCAGUCAUCGGCAGCCCUGCAGCCUGGUGCAUCACCACCUCCCAGUGAAGAGCCAGAGGCUUCCAGACCUCCAAGCGUCCUGGGACCACCAACCGAGACUCUGCCCACUCCCAGGGAAGGGAGUCUGACAUCCCUUCCACCUUUCACUCCAGUUGGAGCAAGAGAGGUGGGGGAAGAGUCUGGGGCUCCUGAGCUGUCUGGGGUCUCUCGAGGAGAGAGUGAGGAGACAGGUAGCUCCGAGGAUGCCCCUGCUUUGCUUCCAGCUACACAGGCCCCUGAGGGUACCAGGGAGCUGGAGGCCCCCUCCGAAGAGAAUUCUGGAAGAAUUGUCCCAGCAGGGACCCCAGUGAAGACCCAGCCAGUGCUGCCCACUGACAGCACCAGCCAUGGUGGAGUGGCCGUGGCCCCCUCAUCAGGUGACUGUGUCCCCAGCCCCUGCCUCAAUGGUGGGACUUGCUUGGAGGAGGAGAAGGGGGUCCGCUGCCUAUGUUUGCCUGGCUAUGGGGGGGACCUAUGCGAUGUUGGCCUCCGCCUCUGCAGUCCCGGUUGGGACGCCUUCCAGGGCGCCUGCUACAAGCACUUUUCUACACGGAGGAGCUGGGAGGAGGCAGAGACCCAGUGCCGGAUGUACGGCGCGCACCUGGCCAGCAUCAGCACGCCUGAGGAACAGAACUUCAUCAACAAUCGAUACCGGGAGUACCAGUGGAUUGGGCUCAAUGACAGGACCAUCGAAGGCGAUUUCCUGUGGUCAGAUGGCGUCCCCCUGCUCUAUGAGAACUGGAACCCUGGGCAGCCCGAUAGCUACUUCCUGUCAGGAGAAAACUGCGUGGUCAUGGUGUGGCAUGAUCAGGGACAAUGGAGCGAUGUGCCCUGCAACUACCAUCUGUCCUACACCUGCAAGAUGGGGCUAGUGUCUUGUGGGUCACCACCGGAGCUGCCCCUGGCUCAAGUGUUUGGCCGCCCACGGCUACGCUAUGAGGUGGACACAGUGCUUCGUUACCGGUGCCGGGAGGGGCUGGCCCAGCGCAACAUGCCACUGAUCCGCUGCCAGGAGAAUGGUCGCUGGGAACACCCUCAAAUCUCCUGUGUGUCCCCCAGGCCUUCUCGAGCUCUGCACCCAAUGAAGGCCCCAGAAGGACAUCAGGAGAAGCUACUGGGGCACUGGAAGGCACUGCUGACCCCUCCUUCCAGGCCUGUUCCAGGUUCCCAAAGGGAAAGGCCUUGAAUAUUGCUACCCCAAGCACUGCCCUCACGCCCUACCAUGGGAAGUGACAACGUAAGAGCAGUGGAACUGGAGUCCAAGUGAUAGUACCUGAAGGGGCUUCUGGGAAAUAUCUGGGCAGCUUCAGUUCAGCCUAGGCCCUUUGACCCCUACACUGAGCAUCGGGUUCUUCCCUCAGGACGUUGCCCCUAAGUGCCUCAACCGCCCUCUCCUUACCAGCCAUCCUGUCCCCUCCGUUCCCCUGGGGGGCUCUGUGUUCACUCAUUCUCAGUUUUCCAAAGGAAUGAGUUUGCAGGACAGCAGACCUGUAAAACCCGCAGGAAAUAAAGCUGC